AUGAAGUUCGCUUGUCCUCAGAAAGCUCAUGCCAUUCAAUUUGAAUCUGCUUGGGAUUAUCUCAAUCAUCUUCAGAAAUGUCAUCUAAUCAAUGAUAGGAUUAAGGAUUGUGGUGAGACUAGAAAUGAAUAUUAUUUUUGUGCUUCUUGUUUAUAAGUUUUUGAGCUGAUAACUGAGAGAGACAUGCAUUAGCAUCUCUGUAAAGUCGAUAAUUUCAAGUAGUUGUUCAAAGAUGUCAACAAACCAAUUCCUUUAGGUAAAUCUGGAACUUCAAAGAUUCAAGAGCUGAUUAGAUUCUACAAGGAUAUCAUUCAUCCUAAACAACGAAAUACAAUUGAUUCUGAUUAAACAGAAAAAGAUGACUUUUAAUAGGAAAUAAUUGAACAAUCUGAUUCGAGAGCAUUUCUGUCAAAAACUGUGGAAAACAGCUUCAACCCUAAGACCAUGAUCAAGAACUCAAGGUUAACAUUUAGUUUAUUAGGGGGACAUACAAAAAUGGAGGCUGCUUAUUAUAAAUUAUUUAAUAAAUAAGUCAUAGAAUAAAUUAAUAAGGAAUAUCCAUUUAAAAUUACCCCAGAAAGUUUUAAAUUAUUUUUCUAAAAAAAUAACAUUACUCUCAGCAAAGAAUUGUUGAAUGAGGCUAAAGUUUGUGAAUUUUGUGAGUCUAAAAUAGAUCAAAAUCCAGAAAUGUACCUUUAAAUAAUAUAGACCAAUAAUUCAAAAUCAAUAUGGUUGAUGAUUCCUGAAAUUCACAAUCCUGUCAAGGAGUUCGGAUUUGAUGAACCAUGGUGUGUGUUUAAAAUAAUGACUAAAUAGGUUAUUUGUGAAAAAUCAAUUGAUCUAAUUAAAAUAAAGAAAUAGGACCCACUAAUUUCAUAAUUAGAAUAUUAGAUACAGUAGGAGGAACUAAGAGGGAUUCGAUUAAAAUAACAAUUACAAAAUAGUGUUGAUGACCUUGAUUCAGUGUUGAAAUAUUUGACCAAAAAAAAUUAGAAAUUAGAUUAAUAAGAAAAUUUAUUAGUUAAAUUGCAAAUCAAAUUAAGAGAAAAUGACACAAACAAUAAAAAUUUGGUGAGUCAAUAUCUAGCACUAAACAGUAAAAAGCUAUAACAAGCAGAAGAGAAUUUAAUUGGAUUCUAUUAAAAGAUGAAAAGCAUGGAAUCUGAGAAACAAAUUACUAAAUUAGAUGAGUUAAAAGUAGAUUUGAAUGAAAAAGAAUUGAAAUAAAAAAAAUUAAAGGAAAAAGUAAGGUCCCUUUUUGAGGAAAAAGAACAAUUAAUACAAACAUGCAAUGACAAAAAAAAUAAAAUUUAAUAAACAUAGAAAUAAUUAGAAGACAAGAUCGCAAAAGCAUCAGUGACAAGAAAAAAAAUUUAAAAGAUAAAAUAAUUACUUUGCUUCUAAUGCUAAACAAGAGAAAGAAAUGUAAUUUAGUUUCCUUGCUAGCAUUUUUUAUUUUGCGAAUAGUGUUAUCUUAGUAACAUUCAAUAGAAGAACUUAAAAUGCCCUUUAAAAGAAUAGAAUAAAUGCUAAACCGAGAAUCUUAAUAAUAAGUACAAACUUGUUAACAUCUAAAAUGUAUGA